CUGCUGAGCUGGUCUCCAGGCUGGCUCCUGCUCUCCUUGAGUUAUUUGUGCUCAAACACCCAGUCACAGGCCAGUCUGCCAGCGGAGUUACCCAAACCCUCCAUCACAAGCAACAGCUCCAGCCCCGUGGAGGAUGAGGACUCUGUAGCAUUAACCUGUGAACCUGAGAUUCAGGACACCACCUACCUAUGGUGGAAAAAUGGUCAGAGGCUCCAAGACAGUGAUAGGCUGGUGACGUCCCUGGACAACAGAACCCUCAUUUUACUCAGUAUCACAAGGAAUGACACAGGACCCUAUCAGUGUGAAAACAGGAACCCAGUGAAUGGCAGCUGCAGUGACCCAGUGAACCUGAAUGUGAUCUAUGGCCCCGACGUCCCCACCAUUUCCCCUCCAGACUCCUAUUACCGUCCAGGGGAAAACAUCCACCUGUCUUGCUACGCGGCCUCUAACCCACCUGCAAAAUAUUACUGGCAUCUCAAUGGGAGUCUCCAGAUACCCACCCAACAGCUCUUCCUCCCCAACGUCACUGUGUAUUACAGCGGAUCCUAUGUCUGUAUCGCCAACAAUGCUGUCACUGGCCAUGCCAGUGGCACAGUCCUGAACAUCACAGUUUCUGCCUGCAAGUGA